AAUUCUUUUCCCUGUACUACAUCCUCUACCUAUUCAUCCUUCUAAUGCAGUAGAAACAACACCAAAGGAAAUGGAUCCUAAACUGUACCAAGCUGUAAUAAAAGGUGACGUAGCGUCCAUGAAGGAAUUAGCAGGCCCGGAUUCAACACUUCUUUUCCAGGUUACACCAAACGGAGACAACAUUCUUCACGUUGCAGCCAAAUACGACCUUAACCAAAUCGCUCAAGAGAUCGUUAAAUUGCCGUCAUCGGGGCUACUUGUUAAUCAAAAGAACUCAAAACACGACACUCCACUGCAUAUUGCAGCAAGGUUGGGGAGUUUGAAAACGUGCCAAGUCCUCGUAAACUUUGCGAACAGCGUGAGUCGUGAAAUCGAGGCAGGAGAGAAGCUGAUAAGGAUGGUGAAUUCGAACAAGGAUACUGCGCUUCAUGAUGCCGUGAGAAAUGGUUAUCAUCAGGUUGCGGAACUGUUGAUCAGAGAAGAUCCAGAGUUAACUCUUUUAACAAAUGGUGUUGGCGAGUCCCCACUCUUCAUUGCUCUGGAUAAACGGCAUCUUCACAUUGCACAACAUAUCUUGGAAGUUGCUCCAGAUUUCUCCAUUGACGGUAGGAAUGGUACUAAUAUCUUACAUGUCGCUGCUAUUCGGUCAAAGCAUGAAGUUUUUACAAUAGUUGACUAUCUCUGCGAGCUUAUGAGUUAUCAGAAUAUAAUGACCGAUUCUUCUUUUAAAUACGGGCUCAAGUCAGUUUCUGCUAUAAUCUGCUCUAUCCGUCGAAUAUGGGCUGCCGGCCAUAAACUCGGUUACAAGAAUCUUGUUGCACAAUUGAUGUUGGUCGAAAAAAUUCGAUCUGCACUCUCGCAAACAGAUGAGAGGGGAUGGACUCCUCUGCACUAUGCAGUACACUUUGGUGCAUUGGACAUUGUCGAGCUGUUUUCCGAAUAUAUAUAUAAAGGAAAUGGUUCGGCUGCUCAUGUUAGAGAUGGAAAAGGCAGGUCUGUCAUUCACAUUGCUGCAAGAGAAGGUGAAGUAGUCAUAUUGGAAAGGCUUUCAAAUCUCGUUCCGGAGAUUUGGGAUUUACAAGAUAAUAAAGGCCAAACACCUCUUCACCUUGCUGUUGCUACUAAAAUGCUUGCUUCUGUCAGGUUCAUUCUUCGAAACCGUCUUUCGCACAGCGGACUUAUAAACCAGCAAGAUAAUGAAGGUAACACUGCUUUGCACCUUGCUGUGAUCCAAGGACAUUGCGAGGACAUCUUCGAAUUUCUGAUCAAAGACAAUAGGGUAGACAAGACCGUGGCAAACUCGGCGGGCCACACCAUUCUGGACAUUCUUCUCAUGCAGGACCACGGUUACGACUUCAAGAAGUGGUUCACAAUGACUGCUGCAAUCAAUGGUGGUCUACAAAGUUGGGAACUUGCAAUAAACAAGCAUGGUAGAAAAACAAGACCAAAUGAAACAAGAGAAACAGACCAAGCACAACAACCAGAGAGGAAGUUAGAACCUGCAAUGGACGAUGAAGUCAUAGGCGGACAAGGACUAAAAAACCUCAACUAUGACCAACUUAAGCAAAUAGGCAACACAGAUGCACUUGUAGCGACACUCGUUGCAACAGUGUCGUUUGCAGCCGGUUUCACCGUGCCUGGUGGCUACAAAAGCGAUGGUCCAGAUGAGGGAACGCCGACUCUUAGCGGGAUAUCUGCUUUCAGGGUAUCUGUUAUGGCAAACGUUAUAGCAUUUGCCUUGUCCACCUUAUCAAUGGUGUUCCAUUUCUACAGUUCGUUUAUGGAAAAGCUUAAUCGUGUUGCUUUCUACACAAGCCUCAGCACAUUUUUAUUGAUCUAUGCUAUUAUUGCAAUGGUCAUAUCCUUUUUCUCAGGCACCUAUGCAUCGUUAUCUCAUACUUCCGGCCUGGCUAAUGCAGUUAUAGCAAUUGUUUGUUGUAUCGCCUUUGUGUUCAUAUCUGUAGUCUUGAAUUCGACGUUACAUCCAUUUCCGCCAUUGUUUUGGGCCACCAGACCUCUAGAUGAAGAAGAUGAUGUGCACUCAUUCAACGAGAAUCUCAUAGUUCAAUCACUUCAGAGGGGUCCGGUUCCGCCGUCGGCCGGGAAUAGGUGCACGAAUAUACCCGGUCGUAGCCGCGGACGGUGCACGUUGACUGAAAUGAAUGCAGUAGGUGGCGGCGGCGUCGCUGCUUAUCAUGCUGCACCACCGGUGUUUCCGGAGUUCGUCGUGAAAGGUAAAGCUUCCUUUGACAUCCCCAUGAAGUUCCGCCUAUAG